AUGCCCUUCCUCACCAUCGGCUACAAGCGCCUCCACUACACCGACUACCCGGCCGCCCACGGCUCCGCCGCCCGCGAGACCAUCAUCCUCCACCACGGCCUCGGCUCCUCGCAAAACUUCUACGCGCCCAUCGUCCCCGCCCUGACCGCCGCCGGCCUGCGCGUCAUAACCUUCGACGCCACGGGCGCCGGCCGCUCGCCCUACACCCAAGUCGAGCAGUCGGUCGCGAGCCUGGCCGCCGACGUGCUCGGCGUCCUCGACGCCCUGGGCGUCCCCAAGGCCAUCGUCGGCGGCCACUCGAUGGGCGGCAUGGUCGCCGCGCACCUGGCCGCCGCGACUUCUUCCGCCGACCGCGUCGUCGCCGCCGUGCUCAUCGGGCCCGUCUACCCCUCCCCGGCCGUCGCCGCCGUCUUCGACCAGCGCAUCGCCACGGUCGAGCGCGCGGGCAUGGAGCCCCUCGCCGACGCCAUCCCCGCGGCCGCCACCGCCGCCGGGGCGCCGCCCCUCGCCCGCGCCAUGGUGCGCGAGCUGCUGCUGGCCCAGGACCCGCGCGGGUACGUCUCCAACUGCCGCGUCAUCGCGGCCGCGGCGCGCCCCGCGUACGAGGACGUGCGCGUGCCCGUCCUGCUGGUCGCCGGCGCCGAGGACAAGUCGGCCCCGCUGGACUCGUGCAGGAAGCAGUUUGAGGAGCUGGGCACCUCCGAGAAGAGCCUCGAGGUGCUGCCCGGCGUGGGGCAUUGGCAUUGCGUCGAGGCGCCGGAUGCGGUGGGCGCGAAGAUUGUCGACUUUUAUCGCCAGAUUCAGUGA